AUGAACCUCACCGUUAACCACCACAACAGGACCCCCGCGGCCGCAGCUGACGAGGAUGGCGCGGAUCAGAUCGGCUUUGAUACGCCCCGCUCCGGUGUGGCAACCCCUCAACCCGACCUCCAUGAUAAACGCCUGCCGGGCAUUAUGAGCUACUUCGGCCAGUAUCCGACCCCGCCGAUAUCAAGACGGUCAUCGGUGGGCCUUCUCAAGAGAAGUCUGUCAUUGCGCUAUGGUGAGACACGGUCCGCUGCAUCUUCAUCUGCGCGACCGUUGCUCCAAAGAGGCAUCACAGACUACCCGAAGAAGUGCCACAGCCUCACCCUCAUGUCCCAACCUUCAAGCAUCGUCACAACGUCAGCUGUGCAUGCGCAUCACAUCUCCAACCCCAUUUUCCCCAGCCCCAUACCGAUAUCUCCCUCCUAUUUCCACGUUGGUUCAGCGCAAAAAGCCACUUCCCUACACAGCUCUUCGUCAGUUGAUCAGCUCAAGAAGCUAACACAAGUCGCGGCGUUCAAGAGCGGUCCGCCAACCCCGACCAGGGCGCUUUCGGCCGCGCAGCCUUCUCAGUCUGAGGAGCGGACGUGCUCCAAGAGGAGCAGCAAUGAGACGGUGCCUCCCAGUGGCACACAGACGCCCAGGAGCGGGACCACCGGGGCUCAGGUCCCCGCCGCUCGAGGCAAGCUCACGAUCAAGAUUGUGGAAGCCAAGGGCCUGAGGCGGGCCAAGGAUCCCUACGUCGUGGCUGUAUUCCAGAAAACCGAGCUCAUCUCGGGUGGCCCGCACUCUGUCGAGGAGGUAGAGGAUGUGAACCUGCCGCCGCCGUCCUUCGGCGGCAUUCCGAUCCAAAGGCAAGGAAGCGACUCGGGUCGGCCCGCCAUGUCUAUCCCGAUGCGUAGCCGUCAAAGCAGCAACACCAGUAUCUCGGACUACAACACAUUUCGCAAUCGGUCACGGCGAUCCUUCACCAGCCCCAAGUGGGACGCCGAGGCACAGUUCGAUGUUGUCGACUCGAACAUGCUGGUGAACAUUUCUGUCUAUGAUCAUAGCGCGAAUGGCGAAGAGUUUCUGGGCCUCGUGGGCUUCCAAGCAAACAGGGACUCCAACAACCCGGUCCGCGGCUGGUUCCCCCUUAAGGGUCAUGCCGAUACCGUGGCGGAGAAUGCCCCUACAGGAGAGAUUUAUGUCGAAGCCGUCUAUCAGCGCACCGAGCGGAAGCACUUUGGCCCCGAAGACUUCCAGAUUCUUAAGCUGAUCGGCAAAGGUACAUUUGGUCAGGUUUACCAAGUUCGCAAGAAGGAUACCGAACGCAUUUACGCCAUGAAGGUGCUGUCCAAGAAGGUCAUCGUCCAGAAGAAGGAAGUCGCUCACACCGUCGGUGAGCGUAACAUCCUGGUCCGGACGGCAAUGUCAGACUCGCCCUUCAUCGUGGGUCUGAAAUUUUCAUUCCAGACGCCCUCGGAUCUGUACCUGGUCACCGACUACAUGUCUGGCGGAGAGUUGUUCUGGCAUCUCCAGAAGGAAGGCCGGUUCGAUGAGCGAAGAGCCAAAUUCUAUAUCGCAGAACUGAUCCUAGCCAUCCAACACCUUCACAACAACGAUAUUGUAUACCGCGAUCUCAAGCCAGAGAACAUUCUCCUCGACGCAAACGGCCAUAUCGCCCUUUGUGACUUUGGUCUGUCCAAGGCGAACCUCACCAAGAACGACACAACCAACACCUUCUGCGGAACGACCGAGUAUCUCGCCCCCGAAGUUCUCCUUGACGAAUCAGGAUACACCAAGAUGGUGGAUUUUUGGUCUCUGGGAGUUCUUGUUUUCGAGAUGUGCUGCGGCUGGAGCCCCUUCUAUGCGGAGGACACUCAACAGAUGUACAAGAACAUUGCAUUUGGCAAGGUCCGAUUUCCUCGGGACACUUUGUCGCAGGAGGGCCGCAACUUUGUGAAGGGUCUGCUCAACAGAAACCCCAAGCACAGGCUGGGUGCAACUGACGACGCUGAGGAGCUGAAGCGUCACCCCUUCUUUGCAGACAUCGACUGGGAUCUGCUGGCGAAGAAGCUCAUCUCUCCUCCCUUCAAGCCGAAGUUGACUUCAGCAACGGACGUGUCCUACUUUGACCCAGAAUUCACUAAUGCAUUGGACAACAAUGGCUCUUUGAACGAACGUGCAGCAGCCUUAUCCAAGGGCUUUGCCACAUCAACGCCUCUUUCACCCUCCGUACAGGCCAACUUCCAAGGGUUUACCUUUGUGGAUGAGAGCGCCCUCGACGACCAUAUGAGAGAUAAGGGCCGUUAUGACGACGAGGAAAUGCGUGAUUCUCACAACCAGGACGAUGACUGGGAUGAUCUGGAGGACAUGAACCAAAAGAGCAACCGCAUGAGCGGUAUCGUCCGCACAGCCACCAAUGACGAGCAGAUGAUUGGGGGCGGGCACUUUGACGUCUAA